AUUGAUUUCUCGCUGUUGGUCUCGUCUUUGUUGCUUUCGCCGGUUUUGUUCCUAAAACGAGAAAAUUCAACAUUUCAGUGGACUAUCGCUCAAAUCAUAUCACAACGUAAAUCCCGUAGAGAUGGAUGAAAGGCUCUAUGGAUCUUUGCCUCAUGCCCCCUCGGAAUACCUCCAACAAUGGGUUCAGUCAGCACAGCAGCAUCUGCAGGCCCUUCAGGCUCAGUAUCCUCACAUGGCUAAUGGCAAUGCUGGCUUUAUGAUGGAGGGACCCAGAGAAGAUGGAGGCAUGCAGCAGAUGCCUGUACACCCAGAGGACGUCGCCCAAAUGGACCCUGCAGCUGUACAGAAAGCUCCUGCUAAAAAGCGAGGAAGGGCAGCAAACAAAGAACCUAAACCCAAAGGUGAACCUCGAGCCAAGCCGGGACCCAAACCCAAGAAAGCUAAGGAGGAUAAGGAUGCCCCGCCAGCUGAAGGACAGGAGAAGAUUGAUGAAACCUUUAAGAAAGUCAAGAGGAAAGUCGAUCGCUUUAAGGGCAUGUCGGAGGAGGAAGUCAUGAAGAAAACACUGCCUGAUAUUCUUACCCCCAAUCUGGACUAUGUCAUUAUCGGAAUUAAUCCAGGGUUGAUGGCGGCCUACAUUGGAAGAUGGUUCCCUGGACCAGGAAACCAUUUUUGGAAGUGUCUAUUCCUGUCUGGAUUCACAGAGAAGCUGCUAAAUCACAUGGAUGAUGAUAGUUUGCCUGAGAAAUACGGCAUCGGCUUCACAAAUAUGGUAGCGAGAGCGACACCAGGAAGUAAAGAUCUCUCUAGCAAAGAACUUAGAGAAGGCGGUAAAAUCUUAGUGGAAAAGAUAAAGAAAUUCAAGCCACUCAUAGCAGUUUUUAACGGAAAAUGUAUAUAUGAAAUGUUCUGUAGGGAGAUAUUUGGGAAGAAACCCAAAACGCUUGAAUUUGGCCUACAGCCUCACAAGAUUCCUGACUCGGAGACGGCGUUGUACCUGAUGCCGUCCUCCAGCGCCCGCUGUGCUCAGUUUCCUCGUGCUCAGGACAAAGUGCAUUUUUACAUCAAGCUGAGAGAGCUCCGAGACGAGCUGAAGGGUGUUGCGAAGCCCAAGGAGAUUGAAGAAGUUAACUACACAUUCGAUCUUGGCAUGGCCAAAGAGGACGCUAAGAGGAUGGCCAUCAAGGAAGAGCACUACGAUCCUGGUUAUGAGGCAGCGUUCGGAGGAGCUUAUGGAGAACCGGCACCCGAAGGAGGCCAAAGCAAUGGAUAUUGUAACUUCUCCGCAUCUGAGGAAACAGCUGAGAAGGCACCGACGAAUCCAAACGCGGUUGGACAGGUUCAGGACGGUCAGUGGAUGACGCAGUCUUUCGCCGAUCAGAUCCCAGACAUCGGCAACUCUUCUCAAGCCCAAACCUGGGGUGUAUGAGGAAGGAGCGUUGUAAGGGACUUCAGACGAAGCCUGACGGUUCCUGUGCUCUUCUAGAGAUGCUGUGCCUCUUAUAUUCUCCGAAUCGAAUCUAGGAGUCUUCAGGGGCAUUGAUUUCUUUCUCCUGUGCGUUGCUGUGACAGUCUGUUACGUUAUAAUUUCAGGAACGAUUUGAGGAACGAUCACACAAGGUGGCCCAACUUGCACAAGGAGAAUCCAACGGCUGCUGUGCUUUUAAAGAAACUGUACCUCUGAACUUCAACUCAGGGGCCUUUGAUAUCUCAAAUGCCUCUUUAUUAAAAAAAAAGAACAGUUUUUACAAUGAAUUUCAAUUAGGCGUUUUAGGAGUUAGUAUUUCUAUGGAAUUGGAGAGUAUACUCAUCUUUUACUUUAAUGGUUUAGAGUCAUCGACGUUAUUUUCAGUAGUUUAGUGUACGAAGUUCUGAGCACUGGUUUAUUGCAUUAUGUGAUAUCAGGGACUGAUACUUGAUUUGUUCAUAAGGAGUGUUCACGAUUUUUUCAUUUGAUAUUUUAGAUGGGACAUAUUAUGUGUAACUACCCAUGUCUUUUUAAAGUGCACAUUUUAAAGUUCAUAUUGCAGAAUCUGUAAGAAUAACAUUUAAAUAAUGUUUUGUUACUCUCAUAAUGUGACAAAUUAGGUCUUUUUACAUGUUACAAGGACUCUACCAUGAUGGUUUUGGGAAUUUUUAUGAUGCCACUGCGAGACAAAGUCACAGUUACUGGUGACUGUACAUUUGAAAUGUCUAUAAAUGUGUUCCUUAUGAGGAAACAUCAGCAUCACUGUUUAAAAAUGUACACAACCACCUCUCCUCCUUCAGUACUGUAAAAUACAAUACAGUAUGACUGUUUAUCUAAGUGAACUAAUCCUGAACAUGCCAUAAUUUAUCGAUUUUUCCACAUGCUCUUACUUGGUGCUAUUUUUACUCUUUCUGUAAACAUGAUUAUCUUUUUUGUUCAUUAAAAUACAAUUAUGCUAA